AUUUUAGGUGGGUACAUGAUAGCGGAGACAGGAUUGAUUUCCAGAUGAGAGCAUUCAAUGAAUUGAUCACUACUAUUCCAUGCUCUAAUCCAUUGAAUCCACCAAUCACAGUCGUGGAGCCGGUCAUUUCUCGAACUGUGAAUCUCACCUGCAUUGCUCUAGAUCAGCUGCUCGCGCCCUCCCCCUUUCUCUUUCUCUCCAGCACUCCGAAUCCGAGUGCCGAAGCCGUGCACGCAUGGCAGAGAACCGGCCAAUCCCGGCCAGGGCGGCUCCUGACGUACCGCACACCUUCGCAUCAUCCUUGGCGCAGUCAUUCCGCUCCUCCUCGCCGCUGGCCCAGGAGCUGGUGGCGAGGGACCUUGCAGAAUGCUCCGACGCCGGGGACCCGGACUCCGGAGAUGAACAUGCUCUGGAUUCCUCUGACUCGGAGGACGGAAUAGAGGCCCCCACCCUCUACAGGCGGCCGAGUGGCAUCGCCUAUGGGACUGCGCGUCCUGCCUUGGGAUCGAACGCUCUCAGCGAGCCUGUUCUCACCAGGGAGGAGCGUGUCAAAUCCCGCGACGCCGAACGCAGCUUACUCAGGGACAACCAUAUCCUGCCGCCGAAGCACCCCGGCGUGGCCAGGCCGUCCCUCCUCGGCCGGCUCUACAGAAGGCUGUUCAGCACAAAGAUCCCCCUUCCAUCGCCGGACGAGGAGUCUCCCUCCCGAGCCGGUGAUCGUACAGAAGUGUCACCCCUUCUCGGGCCGGACCUUACGGGCGCCGCUUCGGGCCAUGAGCACCUGAACGAGCAGUGGGAAGCCGCCGUUGCCGAAGGGAGGAUCAAGACCACGUGGCAGAGGGAGGCGAAGACGAUAGCCGUCUACUCGAGGUCCCUCAUUGUCACCUUCCUCCUCCAGUACUCCAUCAACGUUGCCAGCAUCUUUGCUGUAGGACGGAUCGGAAAGCUUGAGCUUGGAGCCGUGAGUCUCGCAACGAUGACCGCAAACAUUACUUGCUACGCGCUUUUCCAGGGACUGGCCACCAGCCUUGACACCCUCUGUGCGCAAGCCUACGGUUCAGGCCACAGGCAUCUCGUAGGCUUGCAGUUCCAGAGGAUGACGUACUUCCUGUGGCUUAUCAUUAUCCCCAUCGCGGUCCUCUGGUUCAAGGCAGAGGGCAUCUUGGCCACGAUGAUUCCCGAGCGACGCUCAGCCGAGCUGGCAGGGAUAUACCUGCGGAUCACUCUCCUGGGCGCCCCAGCCAUGGCCGCAUUCGAAUGUGGGAAGAGAUUCGUGCAGGCCCAGGGCCUAUUCCACGCGACAACCUAUGUGCUGAUGAUCGCGGCCCCGUUGAACAUACUACUGAACUAUCUGUUUGUCUGGAGGUUUGGCUGGGGUUACAUUGGCGCGCCCAUUGCCGUCGUGGUUACGCAGAACCUUCUCCCGCUGCUUCUAUUCCUAUACGUCUGGCUGGUGGACGGAUCGCAGUGCUGGGGCGGUCUCAGCAAGCGCGCAUUCUCAAACUGGGGUCCAAUGAUUAGAUUGGCGCUUCCAGGCAUGAUUAUGGUGGAAGCGGAGUGGUUCGCGUUUGAGAUCCUGACGCUGGCAUCUGGCCGGUUUGGGACCUCCUACUUGGCCGCCCAGAGCGUCUUGGUAACGGUCACCUCUACGACCUUCCAGAUACCCUUCCCGCUGUCAAUCGCUGGGUCCACUCGGGUUGCGAACUUGAUCGGUGCGAAACUACCCGAUGCGGCGAAGACAUCGGCCAAAGUGACCUUCGCUGGAGGCUUGCUUGUUGGUCUCUUCAACCUGACCAUGGUCGCCACCUUCAGAUACCAGAUACCUCUUCUCUUCACCAAGGACCCCGAGGUUGUCGAGAUAGUCGCACAUGUAAUGCCAAUCUGCGCGGUUAUGCAGCUCUUUGACGGCACGGCUACCGUCGCCCACGGUCUGUUGAGGGGCAUUGGGAGACAGGAGAUCGGAGGCUACGCCAAUCUGGCAACAUACUACCUUGUGGCGCUUCCCAUCUCCUUUGGUCUCGCUUUCGGCCUUGGCUGGAAACUCAACGGCCUGUGGGUCGGAGUGACGUUUGGGCUUCUUCUGGUAUCGGUUAUUGAGUACUGGUUUAUAUGCAAGUUGGAUUGGGAAAGAUCCGUGAGAGAGGCAGAGCAUAGAAACGCGACUGGAUAGAGGGUAUGGUGGGAUGAUCUGCCCAUGUUUACUGUGUAUAACGCCGCCAAGAAGAAAAGGGGAGAGCUAAGAAGUCCAAUUUUUAUAGCACGAAAAGAAAGGGGGGUCUCCGAUAAUGGGCAUAUACAACUGGGAAGAUCAGCCUUGGAGUAACCAGCCGUGAUGAGGUACACGUACUUGGGAUACCAGUGGUUGAAAGACAUGUAAACCUACCUACGCUGUUGACUCUCGUAUCAAAUUACACAAGCAGAUUGGAAGAUGUUUGUUUGCUGAUUGAGCUUGUGUCAACUGACGAAGCUUGUGUGAAAUUGGCCUGUGCAUUGCGGGGUUGGCCUGUGCGUUCCAGAAACUAGCAAUAAAGAGC